AUGGAAGAUUUGAACAUGCUUGCGGCUGAUUGUGUCGUCAUAUCAUGCUGCUGCCAGUGCUUGAUGCUGCAAAUUAUUGUGCUUUUGUUGAGAAAGAUGGUGAGAAAAACAAGAGAAUAUGGUAAGAGGAUAUUUUGCCAAAGGAAGGGGGUGCAAAGAGGAAUGGGAUCUUAUAAAGAUGCUAUUUUAAGAAUUCAUGAAAAGUCAUUUAGAUUUCAAGAAGAUGUGGAACUAAAAGAUGAUGAUGUGCACAAUUGUGGUGGUUGUAUAAUUGAAGUUGAGAAAGUGAUGGAGGAACUUUGUGAUAAGGGUGAGUUUGGAUUUGGAAGCUUUUGGGGAAGGAAGGAACCAUGGGGUGCUGCUAGAGUUGUCAAUGAUCAAAUUGAUGUUAGUUCUCUAAGAUGUCAAAUAGUUGAUUUGAGACAAAUAUAA